CAGGAAAGUAUUUACCAACAUGCAGGAAAUAAUAUUGAUACUCCAGCUCACUUUAGAGCAUGGCUUGGAGAUACCUAUCUACAAAGAACAGUUGGUACUUGCCAGUCUGCUAUUCAAAAAUUAUCUCAAGAAACAUUUAAAACUGAUGAUAAUCCAGAGCUAGAGCUAGAAUUCGUCAAUGUGCCUGACAAUGUAAAUGAUUCUAAUGCUUUGAGAUUUCUCAUGGCUCAUUUACCUACUGAGCUUUAUAUUCGAAUGGAAGGAGCAAAUCCUGCUGGUAUCACAGCUUUCUUUACUUCAUUUAAAGAAUUAUGGCUGGCUAUAGUAAUAGAGACUCAAUGA